AUGCACUUCUUAACAUCUGUCUUUGGUCAUCAUCCAAUGCCUCUGAUUGGCCAGCCCAGCCCCUCAGAGCAUCCAUCUGGGGGAGAUUGUCAUGCAGAAGAGGAAUUAAGGCAUGUCAAGGAACAGUGCAUCUGUGAUGAAGGCAUGUUUGAUGCACAAUGGGAGGAAAACCAUGCACUGAGGUUUCGUCUGGCAAGACUGGAAUUGCACGAGGUCCUGUCCAGCAUUGCCAAGGAUGAUAAUCACCAGGGUCAAUCAUGGGAGGAGUCACUCACCUGCAAGUUCUGUUAUGGUACUCUCUGCCACAUGCUUGCAUACGACAGUUUUUCUUUACAUCCAGAACUUUUGACUUACAAUGCUCUUCAGGUGUUCUAUCACCCAACAAUAGACUAUCACCUGCAAAAUGUUGCUUCUCAGCUCUCUCAGGUUUUCCCUCAGAGUGAUUGUGAGGGUGGUUUGGCUCACAAGUUAGGAUAUCGGGGGUCUACGAGCUGGGAUGACUUCAAUGCAUGGCUCCACAAGCUGGUAGAAGAUGGAGUAGAGCUGAGGUAG